AUGCGUUCUUUGAAUAAAUUUGCAUUAGUAUCACAAUUGAUUAUGACGAUCUCUGCCAAGUAUAACCUUGAUGAUAACACUAUUUUGUUGGACAGCGUAUCAAAGACAAUUCUUGGGGUUGGUUUGUUCCUGAGUGUGUCUAGCAUGUCUUCCUUUUCAGCUUUUACAGCCUCUUCUUUAGCUUUUCUUGCCGAACCAGAUAUUACAUUAUAUUAUCUUAUGUUCUUUUCGAGUAAAUCUUCUCAAUUGGGUACUCUCUAUUAUCAUCCCCUGAUGCUGAUGCAACGACGGAAGAUCAGUUAG